AGCCAUCCUAAACUGCACACUGAUGGUGAGGCCAUUCUGAAAGGCCUUCAGUCCAUUUUUCAGGAGCAGGGGAUGACAGAGUCAGUGCACACCUGGCAGGACCAUGGCUAUUUAGCAACCUACACGAACAAAAACGGCAGCUUUGCCAAUUUGAGGAUUUAUCCCCAUGGAUUGGUGCUGCUGGACCUUCAGAGUUACGACACUGAUGCACAAGGCAAACAAGAAACUGACAGGCUUUUGAACAAAAUAGAAGAAAAAAUGAAAGAACUGAGUCAGGACAGUACUGGGCGAGUGAAGCGUUUACCACCCAUAGUUCGAGGAGGGGCCAUCGACAGAUACUGGCCUACUGCUGAUGGGCGCCUGGUUGAGUACGACAUAGAUGAAGUGGUGUAUGAUGAAGAUUCACCUUAUCAGAACAUUAAAAUCCUACACUCAAAGCAGUUUGGAAAUAUUCUCAUCCUCAGUGGUGAUGUUAAUUUGGCAGAGAGUGACGUGGCAUAUACUCGAGCCAUCAUGGGCAGUGGUAAAGAAGAUUACACUGGCAAAGAUGUGCUGAUCCUGGGAGGCGGAGAUGGGGGCAUAUUAUGUGAAAUUGUGAAACUGAAACCAAAGAUGGUCACUAUGGUAGAGAUUGACCAAAUGGUAAUUGACGGAUGUAAGAAAUUCAUGCGAAGAACAUGUGGAGAUGUCUUAGACAAUCUUAAAGGAGACUGCUAUCAGGUCCUCAUAGAAGACUGUAUUCCAGUACUGAAGAGGUACGCCAAAGAAGGGAGAGAGUUUGAUUAUGUGAUUAAUGAUUUGACAGCUGUCCCGAUCUCUACAUCUCCAGAAGAAGAUUCCACAUGGGAGUUUCUCAGACUGAUUCUUGACCUGUCAAUGAAAGUACUGAAACAGGAUGGGAAAUACUUCACACAGGGGAACUGUGUCAAUUUGACUGAAGCCCUGUCACUCUAUGAAGAACAGCUGGGGCGCCUGUAUUGUCCUGUGGAAUUCUCAAAAGAGAUUGUCUGUGUCCCUUCAUACUUGGAAUUGUGGGUAUUUUACACUGUUUGGAAGAAAGCUAAGCCUUAAAGAUGAGCAUCCCCUGAAUGUCGUGUGCUGCAAGCCGCCUUCCUGACUUCCAUUUGCCCUGUAUGCCAUCAACCGAGUCAGGCAACUGGUCAUGAAUUCCUUCAAGUGUUUUUUUUUUGUUUGUUUUUAAUUAUUAUUUUUAAUUUAAAAAAGCCAAUGGAAAAAAUGUAUAUUUUGAUGAGCUAGGGUGUUAAUUUUUGAAAGUCAGCUGAAGGACAAUUAGACAGCCCAGCGAAGACUGCGGAAUGCACUGACCCCCUAGAAUGUGACUUUAGGAUCUAUCUUUUUUUUUUUCUCUGUGUGGGGUUUGGGUUUUAGUUUUGGCUUCAGUAGACUUUAAUUUGGACAUGUGGAGGAAUAAACAUCAUUGUUUGUUCUGGAGAGAAGUUCCUGAUAGUGUUUCUCCCCCCCACCCCCAAAUUGACUUAGAUCUUAAAAUUUGGUGCUUUCAAAAGACAUGAUUAGCAGUGCUUCAAUUAAAAUUACGAAAGAGA